UAUAAUACGAUACGAAUGACAUUGACAGACUCACAACAACGAAAUAGAAUUUCGACUCGAAUUUCUAUUUCAUUAAUCCAUUAUUCCUUGUUUAUAUACUCUUUGUAAUUGUAAUCCAUUUAAUAAUACGCAAACGAAAUUUUGGGAUUAUAUUUUUUGGAUACUUAAUCAAUUUCAUGACAAGAAAUAAAACGCAAUAUCUUCAUGAUCACUUGAAAAGUUUUUCAUAGUUAUGAAGAAAAUAAACAAGAAAAUACCUGGUAUUCUCCCGCCUCCUCCUAAAACUGAAAUUGAUGGUAAAAUCGUUGAUUUAUCAUCUAAAACCAUACAAGAAUUGCAAGAACUUAGCAACAGACAGUUAAAACUCCUUAACAAUAAAUCUUUCAUAAACAAAUUACCAGAUAAAGGAGCUAAGAUACAGUCAUUUUAUGAUAAAAUAGUCAAUACUUUGAAAGAAAAGAAAGAAGAAGAGCAGACAUGCCGAUUGUUUAGUGGUAUGAAACUUGCUCUUGAUAAUGUGGCUGUAGAGAAUGUUGAAUGGGAAGGGAAAUUAGCAAAUAAGAAUGAUGAAUAUCUAGAUUCUGAUGAUGAUAGUGAACCAGAGGAUGUAUUACACAUUCUUAGUCAAAGCACAUCUCUUGAAAAGAAAGUAAAGGUUUUAGAGCCUGAGAAAUCCAUAAUAACACCAACAGACUUGGCAGAUAUACCACAUGUAAAAUAUUUGGUUGACAAAGCUGAGCACAAUGUGAAAUUAAAACCUGUGGGACAGUUCAAACCAUACAAAACAACAAAAUCAGAUGUACAUAAUCCUGAAAAAGAGAUCCAUAGGAAAAAGCAUAAAAACUGGGAGGUUACUGCUGCUACUCCACCGCCAAUUGUGCAUGGUCCAGCAAAAUUAUUGUCCUUAGAGGAAUCAUUAAUACUCCAAAAGUCAUAUAAUGCUCAUUUGAAAGAGAUUGAAGCACAACAUGCUGCUGAGAAAUUGCUAGCUCGAACUGACAUUAAAAUAGGUAAUUUACCCGAGGACACCUCUAAGUUUGGGAAGUAUCGAGAGGCAGAUAGUGAUGAUUCAGAUGUGUCGGACAUUGAGGGCAGUGAUAAGGAAGUUCAUGAUGAGGAACCAGAAAGAGGUGGAGUAGUUUUUACUGUUAUGAAAUAAUAUCAACAUAACAAGACUGUUAUAUGUGAUAGAUCUUUUUAACAUUUGAAGUUCAAAUUAUUUUUGGAUUUCAUUUUGUUAGGUUCUUUCUUUAUCAUGAAGGUGGGACAUAAGCAUACAACCUAACUGGUGUUAAAAUGUCACUGUAGUCUAUGAAUACCUACACCAAUAGGUGUGUCACAUGUACGUAGCCAACCCCAAUGUUACAAGAAUAUUAUACUUUUAAAUUAAUAUAUUUUAUCUAAUGUUCAAUUUAUAUAAUAUAUCUUAUCUAUUAUUAUUAAUUUAUGAAAAAGUUAUCCCUUAACCAAAAAUCCAAUAAAUAGUAAUUUUUAUUUAGUGAUCACUUUCAUGAUAUAUUAUGGACUUUAUUUCAUAAAUUCACCUCAAUUUGUCAAUCGACAAUAUAAAAAUAUAUAAAUUGAGAAUUACCCCUUUUUUGAUAUUUGUAAUGAAGUUGUGUAGUUUAUAAUACAUGUGUACAUAUAAAAAAUAUUAUGGAUAUAAUAAUUAUAGUCCAUAAUUUAUUGAACUAUAGAAAAUGUGAUUUUAAA